UUACACAUGUGCAAGGUCCAAAGAUCAGAGUGUGCAUGCGUUUGGGUAGUGGGUCCCCCUGGUAUAAAAGCAACCAGCUGUGAGACUGACUGCAACAGUCCCUCUUCUCCGCUCCCUCGUCUCUGACUGGGGUCUGUCCCUGUCUCAUCAUGGAUGCCGUGCAGGGUUUUGGGGUGAGCGCCACCCACUACCUGCAGACCAACUACCCGGACGCCCAGGGCUUGUUCCUCUGGGUGUCCUGGGCUGCGGAUCUCAGAAACACCUUCUUCAUUUUCUUCCCACUUUGGUUCCAUCUGCGGGCGUCAGUGGGCAUCAAGCUCAUCUGGGUGGCCGUGAUCGGAGACUGGCUCAACUUGGUGUUUAAAUGGAUUCUGUUUGGGGAGAGGCCGUACUGGUGGGUCCAUGAGACGCCUUAUUACGCCAACGCUGUCCCGCCUCACAUUGAGCAGUACCCCAUGACCUGCGAGACCGGGCCAGGCAGCCCGUCGGGUCACGCUAUGGGGGCAGCGGGGGUCUACUACACCCUGGUCACCUCCAUUCUCACUGUUGUGAGCAGCAGGAAGAAGCACGGAGGCAAGAAACCGAGCAGCACAAACUGGUACCUGAAGGUCGUCCUGUGGACACUGUUCUGGGGGGUCCAGGUGUGCGUCUGUCUCUCCAGGGUCUUCAUCGCCGCCCACUUCCCCCACCAGGUCGUUGCAGGUGUUAUCACAGGCAUGCUUGUGGGUGAAGCUUUCAACCGGACUGAGUGGAUCUACAGCGCCAGCAUGAGGAAGUACUUCUACACCACCCUCUUCUUGACCUCCUUUGCUGUGGGCUUCUACGUCCUCCUCAAAGCGCUGGGUGUUGACCUGCUGUGGACUCUGGACAAAGCCCAGAGGUGGUGCAUCCGGCCCGAGUGGGUCCACCUGGACUCCACGCCCUUCGCCAGCCUGCUGCGUAACAUGGGCACCCUGUUCGGCCUGGGCCUGGGCCUGCACUCGCCUCUUUACACCGAGACCAAGAGGAGCGGCAGCGCGCUGGUCAGAGCCGGCUGCAUUGUGAGCUCGCUGUUCCUGCUGCACCUGUUCGACUCUGUCAAGCCUCCCACUCACACCGCAGCCCUGUUCUACCUGCUGUCCUUCUGCAAGAGCGCCACCGUGCCUCUGGUCAGCGUCAGCAUCAUCCCGUACUGUGUGAAGGGAGCCCUGGGCCUGCAGCACAAAAAGGGUCUGUGAGCGACGGCGCCACAGUGAAAGGACUAAUUGAUGGAUCUCUUCUAGACAAAACAGACUUUCCUUAGAUGCUCAAUGCAUUAUGUGAAUCAGCUGAUCCUCAGGAAAAACAGAAGGAUCGAUGCGAAUAGUCACUGGUGUCAUUUAGACACUGACCUCUUUGUGCACUGUGUGGCACUCAGUGAAGGCACUGCAUUCAGCAGAAUAUUAUUAGUGAUGCCAGAGCUUUAAUGCGCUGUUUGAAAUGUCAUAUUAAUGUAUUUUAAAUAAUGUCGAAUGUUUUCUUUAAGGUGUUUUGAACAUUUUUUAUUAAAACUUUUGAGAUGUA